GUAACAAUCCUGUAGGUUAUAUUUCUUAGUUCGCGAGAAUGGCUACUACGGAUUCAAAGAAAACAACUGCUGCAAAACCGGUAAAAGGAAAAACAUUAUCGCCCGAAGAGAUUUACAGUGGAUUUCAACAGCUUAGAAAUGAGCAACGGAACCUGGUCAACAAGCUCACCGAAGUUGAAAUGGACCUUAACGAGCAUAAGAUGGUGCUUGAAACCCUUAAAGAUUUAGAUGGUGACAGGAAAUGUUUUCGGCUCAUUGGAGGUGUACUAUGUGAAAAAACUGUGAAAGAUGUCAUACCUACGUUGACAACCAACAGGGAUCAGUUAAUGGUAGUAGCAGAAAGUUUGAAUGAGCAAGUAACCAAAAAGGGGAUUGAAAUUAAUGAAUACAAAGAAAAACACAACAUAGGCAUUCGAGGAGUUGAUGAUCCACCCCAGAGCAGUACAUCGGAAGGUGAGAAGGCUACUGAGUCAACUCCAAUGAGGAUUAUGGUCAACCCAAUAUAGUGCUCACCAGAUGAGAGUGAUUUUCAACUAACCUAAGCUUCCCCCAAUCAAUGCCUAUGAAAGAUUUCUUUCUUUCUUAGUCAUUACAUGGACAAUUUACAACCAAUUCGAACUGUUAAAUAGUGGAAUUCUGUAUCGAACAAGUCGUGGCACCGUUUUUUAUUUCCUUACAUCAUUGUGUUUAUGUGUGAUUUAGUUUUGUUGAUUUUCUGUUAUAACAUAUUUUGUAUGCAAUUAAAUAUAUUUUAUUUCACAAUU